AAAUUUCCAGAUAGAAUCUACACGAAUCAUAUUCUUACGGAUUCGGGAAAAUUGGGCAUAUUGUAUCCAGUAAUUUUUUUUGCAAUAGAGGGUUUCAUCUUCUGGUUUCUAGUAUUUGCUUGUGAAAACAAACUAUUUGGGCGGCUCCUGGCAUACUUUAAAGCAGCCAGAAAAAAUCGAAUUGCAGACUCACAGAUUGAAAAUUGGCGCCUGGAAAGCGAUGCUGUAUUUACUGGUGAAGAUAGCGAUGUGAUAGCAGAGAAAAAUCGUGUGAAAUCGAUGGAUAGGAAAGAUGCAGCUGUUAUUGUCGAUGACGUAAAGAAACAGUUUGGUAAUUUGAAAGCGGUGAAAGGUGUGACAUUUCACGUGAAACAAGGAGAAUGUUUUGGCCUACUCGGAGUAAAUGGAGCUGGAAAAACGACUACAUUCCAAAUGUUGACAGGAGAAAAUGACAUUAGUGAUGGAGAUGCUUUUGUUAAUGGUUGGAGUGUGAAGAAUGAUUGGAGAAAGGCAGGUGCUAAUAUGGGCUACUGCCCCCAGUUUGAUGCUGUUCUAAAAGAGAUGACUGGCGAGGAGACUUUAUAUAUGUUCGCACGAAUUCGUGGAAUUCCUCGAGAGGAUAUACCUGAAAAGGUAAGGGGAGUUAGAAGCUGGGAGCGUCUUAAAAUGAUGAAACAAGUGCAGUUGGUUGAUGCUGUAAUUCAUACAAUUGGUAUUGGAAUGUAUGCAAAGAGGCAAAUCAAAGGCUACAGUGGCGGCAACAAGCGUCGUCUUUCACUUGGAAUAGCUUUAAUAGGAUUACCACCAGUUCUGCUGCUCGAUGAACCUACAACAGGUGUGGAUCCGAAGGCGCGCAGAAUCAUCUGGAAUAUUUUUGCGAGGGUAAGAUUAAGAAAUGCCUUAAAGGGGAUGGGAAAUUAUUGCACACCUGAUAAAGAUUCAAUCUCUCGGAACGUCGUUGGUGUUGACAUCGCACAGCAUGGACGAAUGCGAAGCUCUGUGUACGGAGUUGGCGAUUAUGGAAGAUUCAAAUGCUACGGUAGCUGUCAACACAUCAAAAGUAGAUAUGGCGCCGGUUUCACUUUACUCAUUCGUCUACAUAGAGCAGAAGAUGCAGAAUGCACAAAAGCCGAAAUCUUAAAAACUUUUCCUGGUGCCGUUCUUAAGGAACACCAUCUUUUGCAACUGAACUAUGAGUUGCCAAAACGACCAGGCGUCACAUGGUCCAAACUUUUCGACGAACUCGAAGAUUUGUCUAAGAGGCACGAGUUCGACGACUAUUCUCUCAGUCAGACAACAUUGGAGCAGGUAUUUCUCGAAUUUUCCCGAGACGCUGCCAUGUCAGACGGCCAGUCGUCAUCCAAUUGAGA